AUGAGCUUUCAGAACUUCUGGAAAGACUACAAAGUUCUGGUUGUUAUGGUACCUCUGAUUGGGUUCAUACAUUUGGGGUGGCACAGGAUCAAAAGCAGCCCUGUUUUCCAAAUUCCUAGUAAGGACAACCUCUCUGAACCAGACACUCUGGCAAUUACAAGUCCUAAGAAGAACCACCUCCCAGGGAAGUAG